AUGCUUUCCAAAAGGUCUCUGAAGCGCAAUCAGGUCCUGAUUCCCAAGCUAUUGGACAAUCAUGGCGCGCUCCUAUCCGGAGAUACCACUGUCAUUGACCUCAGCACUGCUGAAAACCAGCUUUUGAUGAAAGGAUUACUUUCUGAAUUCGACCAUACGUUCAAGACAUUUAAUUGGUCAAAUAAUGACUUGGCCUACAGCGAAGGUGUCGGAGGCUGCUCGCAGGUUAGAGGCCUGAUAGCAGACCUAGCCAAUGCCCAUUUCAACCCACGACUCAAAGUCGACAAAUCACACGUCGUCUUGGGCGCCGGUGGUUGUUUCGCGUUAAAUGCCCUGGUUGGUGAAAUAUGCGAUCCGGGUGAUGGGAUCCUAAUCGCUGCACCGUACUGGCCAGGCCUGGACCUUUCCAUUUCGGUCCAUAAUGACGCCGUGCCUGUCAUAGUUCAGAUACCAUUUGACGAAUUCUUCGGUAUCCAGAGCAUCAAGUACUACGAGGCAGCACUGGCGGCUUCCGCGAUUCCGGUAAAAGGUGUAAUAAUUUGCAAUCCGCAUAACCCUCUUGGCCGAAACUAUCCGCAAGAGACACUGCAAGCCACUUUGAACUUUUGUUCCAAAAAUAACAUUCACCUGAUAUCCGAUGAGGUCUAUGCCCUUUCUCAGCACACGCGGUUGACUCAGGAUAAUUUAACCACCGGGUUUGUCUCAGCGCUUUCACUGGAUACAACUCAUGCUAAAGGCCUGGUUCACGUUUUGUACAGUCUGAGUAAAGACUUUGGAUGCAAUGGCGUUCGUUUAGGUGCCUUCAUCUCCCAAGACAACCGUGAUAUCAUCAUGAGCGGCGCCUUGAGUACUCACUGUCAAACAUCAACCAUGGCAACAAUUGUGGCACAGAAGGUUAUUCUAAGCCCGAAAAACAUAGAGUACGUAAAUACUCAUGGUAGAGAGCUUUUAGAGUCGGCGUAUUCCCUGGUGGCCACGUUCAUGCAAAAGCAUGGCAUAGAAUUCAUACCUGCCGAGAGUGGCAUGUACAUCUUCGCCAGGUUAUGUCCUUCGCCGUCCAUGGAGGCAGAAAAAGUCUUUAGAUCAAUCUUGAAGAAGAAUGCGUUGGUCAUCUCUGCAGGCACGGAUUAUCACCUUGAAACACCUGGCUGGUUCCGCAUCUGUUAUGCCUGUGAAAGGGAAAAGCUCGAGAACGGCCUCGAUCGAAUUGCCAUUUGCGUCAAUGAGUUUAGACAAACACAUAUUGAAGAAAGCACAACAGAAUAA